UUCUUAGUCGGGUCUAUGUUGAAGUUGGGACCGGGAUGAGCAGCACUGCUCCACGCUUGUGCUGCAGGGGCUGCGCUGUUGCAAGGAAACCACUUCUGCAUCCAAAUUGAUCAUGAAACGCAUGCAAAGCUGAAGAUUUGACGUUGACUUCGUGAAGUCAAGCGCGACAUCAGGUGCGCCCAAGCGGGGCUCAGCCAUGGCUGUCCAUACUGAGCAACCAACGCAGCUGGCCUUCCAAGAGAUAUUGGGAGUCUUUAGCAACAACAUCUACACGGCUGUCGCAGCGGACACAUACUCCUACAGUCCGGAAGAACAAGUCAUUCAGGUCGUCUCUAUUGAUGUUUCAAACACUGACCCACUGAGUACGACACUGGAUGAGAAUUUGGAGGACAAUUCCGUCAUGGGACCGACGACAGAUAGACUGUCGGGAGAGAUGGAUUGCACGAGGGUUCCGGAUUCGACAGUUCAGGAGGGAACGUUUUUUACGAAGCCUGAAAACUGGGACCCAAUUUUAAGAAACUCGGAUCCAAUGUUGAGAAACUCUGAUCCCUUGAGCUCUCUGGAUCAUCUUGAGAAAACUGACAUUGACCAGGAUGAUUCCAGAAACUCAGGUUCAUUAAGCAUUGUGGAUCCUCUUGAUUACAAUGACCCGUUAAAUACUAUGGAACCAUAUGCAGAAAUACUGAAACCGCGGGGCUUGUUUUCCCAAAAGACUGAAAUCGUCAGCAGUUCAUCUACUGAAGCGAUCGUCAACCAACCAACUUCAAACUUUCCUGAUCCCACGAGGAUUUGUGAUGCAUUGCCAGACAUCCCAGCUACAAAACCGGUUCCGAACUACGUGUCUGUUCACCGAAAGCAGCCCGAGAAGUUGGCAGUGACACCGGAGAGGGACCAGCGAAUCACGCGGGUCGCCGCCAUCUUGCGGGGGGACUACGGGCACAGCAACACGAAUCAGAGCAACCAAGAUGGGCUGGGCUUGUUAGAAUACAUCGAUGAUGGCUACUCCACCAUCAGCAAGUACCGCGACGACAAGGAGGAUGACGGCAACGGCGAUUGGCGACAGCCUCCCGAGAUCUCAGGAAAACAAUCCGAGUCUGUCUUGAGACAGCCCAAGAGUCACGCGUCCGGUCCCAGCAACAGCAGCAGCACAACGCGGCUCAGCUCUUGCGCAUUCGGACUGGAAAUCAACACUAGCAGACAGAAGCUCUUACGUGACGAUAAGGUCCGCUUUGGCACCCUGGAUCCGCGUAAGAUGGAGGACGUUACAAGCUCGGUGUUACGUAAUGGAUGUUACGUGAACCCAUGGGACACGUGGAAGGAACCGUCUUGCGGCAGUGGUUUCAAGUUCAUGUGCACGCGCAGUGAAAGACUGCCUUCUAAACAGGAGCUUGAUCUGAAUCUACCCGUGGUGACCCCUGACUUUAAUAAGAUUUGUGCCCCGCCCAGCUCUGGCAUCAACGUCACAUGGUUUGGGCAUGCGAGCCUCCUGGUCCAAUUCGACGGCGUCUCCAUCCUGACCGACCCCAUCUUCAGUAGCUUCUGCGGGCCGGCUUCCCUAGUGGGCUACCAGCGCUACCGACCGGCGCCCUGCACAGUCGACCAGCUGCCCAAGAUCCACGCCGUGGUCAUCAGCCAUUCUCACUACGACCACUUGGACCUACCGACGGUGAAGCAGCUCAACAACCGCUUUGGCAAGGACCUGAGAUGGUUCGUCCCCAUCGGUUUGAAGGACUGGUUCAUUAAGACUGGCGUAGAGGACGUUAUCGAGCUGGACUGGUGGCAGGCGAACUGCAUCCCGUCCCACAGUAAGGUCGCUUUCACCUUCACCCCAGCCCAACACUGGUCCAUGCGCAAGGGCUAUGACAGGAACAAGAGUCUGUGGGGGAGCUGGUCUAUCAUUGGACCCAAUCACAGCUUCUUCUUCGCAGGAGACACGGGCUACUGCGAAGCAUUCAAGGAGAUCGGGCAGAGGUACGGCCCAUUUGACUUGGCUGCCAUCCCCAUCGGAGCUUACAAGCCUAGAGCUUUCUUGAGCCCCCAGCAUGUCAACCCGCCCGAAGCCGUGCAGCUCCAUUUGGACAUUCAUGCAAAGCAAUCCGUGGGCAUCCAUUGGGGAACAUUCCAGCUGGGAAAGGAGGGUUACUUGGCCCCACUUGAGGACCUCAAGAUUGCCCUGGAUGAGGCCCGUCUGACGGACCAGGACUUCUUCACCCUGAAGCACGGGGAGACCAGACUGUUGGCAGAAGAAGAGGAUCAAAGAGGAGAGUGAAUCCACCUGAUGAGAUCCCGAUAGCCACGUUUUUGGUUAUGGCUAAGGACAAUGGCGCUCUCAUAACGCACAGCCAUGGUCAAAUGAGACAACAUACUCAUUGCGACAUGGCUUUUAUUGACACAUUGACACAUUAUUAACAGUUUUUGUUCAACAGUUUACUUAAUGUAUGGUAUGUGCCUCUUGCGCAAAGUGCUCAAAAUCUCCUUAUAUGGAAAUUAUCACGUGCAAUGUGGUGCAGAAUGCAGUAAUUGUGUUUUUAAAAGUGGCCGGUAUUUUAUCAGCCAUUUAAAACCACCCACGUGACAGGCUCAUUACCAAUAGGAAAUGGGUAAACUGUCGCAGGGAUUUAUGUAUGUAUAUUAUCAGUCAGCAUAUAUAUCUCACAAUUCUCAAAAUGUACACAUGUAAAUACAUCCUGUUCUUGGAAUGGAUAUUAUUUUUUUUACCCUGACUUUUCCGUACCUUAUUACAAAACUAUAAUUGUGACUUUGUACGUUUUUUAUUCUUUUUCUUCGAAGUUUAUGUUUUUGAUCUUGAAGGAACAACAAUUGAAGCAAGUUAUUGUGGUAGCUUUAAAUUUUGUAAACUUAAAUAAGAUACUAUUAAUUAAACAAUCACAGUAACCCUUUCAGUUAAAAAAAAUACCCUAAAGAUAGUCCACCUCCAUAUUCUACACCCCUAAAUACUACCCGUUUUUUUUUUACAGGGCAAUAAAAAUAGCAUCAGGCAUUUGUUUGCAUAAAUUACUAUCUGUUAAUAUUUGCCAUGACAAUUGGAAAAGCAAGGUACAUUUGUUUGUAACAAAAAAUCUAAAAUGACUUGAAGACUGCAACAUUAGCUAAAAUACAACCAUGAUUUUAGAGAAACACUAAAAAUUCAAUUAGAAUGAGCAAAAACCUACUUUUCGCAAUCGAGAGAUUCAAAAAAAUGACCAAAAACAAGUGCCAAAACUUAAACAAAUCCAAAUGCCACAAAUGAAACAUGUGUACCAUUUUGAAGCAUCUUCCUGUAUUUGGUUUUGUUUGAAAUAUAGUUUAUUUCUUAUAAUGUUCAACAUAGCUGUUACUUUCAAGUUAAAAAAAAAGAGAGUUUAUUUGAGUAUGCCGGGCACCAUGGUGUUCCGAGCCAGUUUCUGCUAGAGCAAUACAAAUUGAUGAACAAUUUGACUUUAUAAAUUAUUGUAGUGACUAACUGAUUCAUUUUAUGAGAAUUGAAAUUCACUUUACUAUUAAUCAUAGCUUUUACGAACACUAAUGAGUUGUCUAAAAUAUUCAUCUAUACGGAUCCGGUACCUCCACAAACUGCCUAAUUCUAACUAUUUCUUAGCAUUAAAGCCAUAUUUUUGUGCGAUUCAAAAGAGCCCACCUUUUUGAUGCUCAAUAUGUUACUCAUUUAAAUAUGUACAGAAAAAAAUCAACAAGAGUUUAAAAUGAACCUGUUUUAAAAUAGUCCUUAUUAAAAUGUGUGUUUGUGAAUGUAUAUAUUUUGUGGAAUUUCCAAAAUAUGCAGUUUGUGAAUUGAAAACUGGUUGUAAAUGCCAGAAUGUUGCUUAAGCUAUGGGCAGCUGUGCAAUUACAGAAUGUUUUCAAUUAUCUGUCGAAAAUGCUGUUUACAGAAACUUUAAUUGUGAAGCUAUGCUAAUCAAUUGCAGCUAAACUAUUAAAAAUAAACUAUGUUGAUUCAGUUGCAUAAUUAAAGCUUGUUCCUAUGAUGAUAUGUGUUCAGUUCAUUAAGGUAACCCCUCAUUUGUGCAGGAACUAGAUCUGAAGGGGAUUCGUACAUUUCAGUGUGUGUUUUUUUUUGUCAACAGUUUUUUUGUAACAGCUCAGUGGAAGUAUUCAAAACUUGUCUCGAAAGUGGCAUUAAAAGUCGCUAUCAUUCUAAUUGCCCAUACUACGGGGUUUUUUUGGGGGGGGGGGGUGUAGGGGGCGCACCCCCAUAAGAAAUCCCCCUAGCUGGCUAUUUUAAUGCCCAGUGUUUUAUUUGUUUAACUCAUUCCAAAAAAAAUUAUGAGCAAAUAAAAAAAACCCCUAGAGACUCCUUAUUUCUUAAA